CUCUCUCUCUCUCUCUCUCUCUCUCUCUUCUCUUACAUUACUGAAACUUUUCCAUCUCUCUCUCUCUCUCUUCUCUUACAUUACUGAAACUUUUCCAUUUCCAGCAAUCUUUUUUUUUUAGUCGACUUCUAAGCUCAUAAAAGAAAACCAUGAACGUUGAUUAUGGUCAUCACCCUCAGCAGUGGUCGGGUGGUCUUUGUAACUGUGGAGAAAAUUUUUGUACAUGUUGCCUCACAUGCUGUCUCCCAUGCAUCACCUUCGGCCGAAUCGCAGAAAUUGUCGACGAAGGACGAAGUUCUUGCCUUUCCCAUGGCCUACUGUACGGGUUGUUGCUCACGAUUAAUUUCCAGUGGGUCUACUCAUGCAUGUAUAGAAAGAGAUUGCGCGAAAAAUUUGGUCUGCCGGAAGAGCCUUGUGGUGAUUGUUGUGUUCAUUUCUUCUGUGAACCGUGUGCCCUCUGCCAAGAACAUGCUGAGCUCAAAUCUAGAGGCUUCGACCCCUCCAAAGGUUGGACUGGGGCACCAACUGCUGCUCCACAGGUGCCUCCUUCCAUGACCAAAUGAUCGCCAAUAUACUUGGCAGACAAUUAAUGUCGUGUUUGUCUUCUCCAUGUCUUUUUUGUUUUUGUUUGAUGGAAUUUGCUUUGUGUUGUAUGAAUAUAUAUUGAUGUUGAUAAACUGCGUGUAUAAGCGAGGAUGUUCCGGAUCCAAUGUAUUGUAAUGAAUGUGCCGUUGUUUUGUUUGUGUUCUGAUACAUCUCACAUCAACUGGAUUAAGGAGUAAAAAAGUAUUAGUAUAACUUGUUAACAUGAUCAACUACAAAGAAAAUCCUAUAGCUUAUGGAAUUGUUGUUCACAUGGGUGUAUGUUAAUAUGGGGACCAAAUCUCAUGUAUCAUGGCUUAAUCCAUAUGCCACAACUAAAAGAUGUGGGAUGAUCGAACUUCCCUCCCACUAGAGAAGUGCGGAGCGAGGGAGACACAAAUCGCUUAUCUGAUCCCAUUACCAUGAGGUGGAGGACGGGAUGCGCAAAGCUAGGGAAGUGGGGCUAAACCCAAGAACUCGAAGCGCUAUUAAAAACCCGCUAGACCUCCAGCAAAGGUAUGAGAAAUUUAAUUGAACACUAAGAAUACGCUGCACAAACACUGACUUGAGCGUUGGAGUGACUUUUGCAAGUACUCACUCCAUUUCCACCAUUCGAUCUCGGGAACUUAAUCCGGAGUUUUCUUUCAACCAAGAAAGCGUGCAGACUUCAGUCAAGAACCUAUGGAGGUAUUUCUUCUUGAAAGAAAAAAAAAAGGGUCGUGAACACCUUGGAUCAAUUGAGAAACCGAAGGCGCAUGGGUCCAGAAUGACAACUAAGGGGUAUUGGGCCCUGCAUGGACAGCUCAAGCACAAGGAAAAAGUAAAAAGGGAAAGAAAAAAAAAGUCGUGAACACCUUGGAUCCGUUGAGAGACUGAAGGCGCACAGGUCUGGAAGGACAGCUAAGGAGUAUUGAAGCCCGCAUGGACAGCUCAAGCGCAAGGAUAAAGGAAGAAAGGGAAAGAAAAAAAAAAGUCGCGAACACCUUGGAUCCGUUGAGAAACCGGGUCCAGAAGGAGAGCUAAGGGGUAUUGGGGCCCGCAUGGAUGGCUCAAUUACAAGAAAAAAAGGAAAA